AUGAUAAAAAAUUCUUACUAUGUUUAUGGUGACAGUGAUCUCACUGUUCCAGCCUAUCUAAAUUUUGGUGAAUUCAUCCUAAAUAAGUUAUGGCAGAACAAAGACAAGAAUAUAUUGAUCAAUGGAUCAACAAACGACACUCUGACUUGUGGUGAGAUAAGCCAAGAAGCCAUGAAUCUAGCAGUAGCACUGACUCAUCUCGGUCUACGGAAAGGAGAAGUGGUGGCUCUAUGCUCAGAGAAUAGAAGAGAGUUUUGGCCCACUGUCAUUGGAAUUGCUUGUACUGGUGCCGUUCUUACAACUUUUAAUCCUGGAUAUACUAAAGAUGAACUUAAACAUGUGAUGGGUAUAUUAAAACCGAAAUAUGUGUUCUGCUCUCCUCAAGCAUACAGUGUCCAUGAAACUUAUUUAAAAUCGUUUGUCGAAGUGAAAAACAUAAUUUUAUUUGGCGAAAGAAAACAAAAUGGUGCAUUGUUAUAUGAUGAUUUAACAACAGCAAAACGUGUAACCUUUGAAGAAUUUAAAUCGGUUGACGUGAAGGGUGAAACGGAUACCCUUUUUAUAUUAUAUUCAUCAGGGACAUCCGGCUUACCGAAAGGCGUUAUGCAGACUCAUUUGAAUGUAUUGGCUGCGUGUAAUAUGCCUUCUUCUUUCGACGCAGAUACAUCAAUGCUUAUAGUCGCUCCUUGGUAUCACGCGAUGGGGAUGAUUGGUACAUUGCGGUGUUUCUCAAAAGGCAUAACACUCGUCUAUCUGCAAAAGUUCGAUAUGGAGUCGUACUUAAAUACAAUUGAACUGUAUAAGAUUAGCCAGCUAACUGUGGUCCCGGCGUUACUGGUCGCGCUUUGCAAACAUCAAUCCUAUCAUGAUGUCAGUUCGAUCAAACUGAUGUACUCCGGUGGAUCACCACUCCACAGCGAUACUAUUAAUGCUGUACGAAAAAGAUUUCCAAAGCUGAAAGCUGUAUUACAAGGCUAUGGAAUGACUGAAGCAACUCUUGGAGUUACGCGGGAUACUUACGAAAUGGCGCACCUAGCAAAGCCAGGUGGAGUUGGAUAUGUCGUCAAGAAUACUAUUAUAAAGGUUGUAGAUAUAAAAACGAGAAAACCCUUAGGUCCAAAUCAGACAGGUGAAAUAUGCGUGAAAGGAGUCCUGAUAAUGAAAGGCUACAUAGGAAAAGAAAAUAAUAGCGGUGAUGAUUUCGACGAGGAAGGUUUCUUCAAAACUGGCGACAUCGGUUACUACGACGACGAGAAAUAUUUCUUUAUAGUAGAUCGACUGAAAGAACUUAUAAAGUACAAAGCUUAUCAGGUAGCACCAAUGGAGAUAGAAGCAGUACUCCUCAAACAUGAUGGCGUUCGGGACGUAGGCGUGGUGGGACUCCCCAAUGCAGCAGCAGGCGAGGUGCCUCUCGCAUUUGUAGUACCUCAACCCGGUGCUACGCUCUCCGAGACCGAGCUGCAGCAAUUUGUAGCUGAAAGGUUGUCAAACCCAAAACGUUUACGAGGUGGUGUGAAGUUUGUGAAAGAGAUCCCAAAGAAUCCUAGUGGAAAAAUCCUUCGAAAGCAUUUACGAGAGAUGGCCAAGAGUGUAAUAAGUAAAUUAUAA